UUCACGUGGCUGUUAGCCGAUACGAAGAUCGCCGGUACGCCGUCUUUGGAGUUUGGAUCGCCGGCAGGUUGACUGCUGGGCGCCAGCGUCGUCAUCGCCGAUGGACCGGAAGCGCCCCUCGGCCGCGCAUGCGCGCGGCAGCAAGCGCCCUCGACGCACAGCCGACGCCGUCCCCGCCUCGGACGCCUCUGGGUGGGCGUCCCUGCACGCGGAUUUAGUUCGUCUGGUCGGGUGGAGGGCGCUGGCCGGCGACAUCCGGGACUACGUCCGGUUCCGCGCCGUCUGCCCCCACUGGCGGGCAUGCUCCGUCUGCCCGCGCGGCCGCAGCGUUGUCGACCCGCGGUUCUACCCGCGUAGGUGGAUGAUGCUGCCGGAGAGCCACGGCCUGUACCCUGGCCACGGCAGGCUGCGCGGGUACAUCCGCUUCUUCAACCUCUCCACCGGCGCCAUCGUGCGUUGCCUGCUCCCGCUUUUCAAGAACCACUGCGUCCUCGACUCGGUCGACGGCCUCCUCCUCCUGCAACGGGACGAGGACACGGCCGUCCGUCUCCUAAACCCCUUCACCGGUGACAUUGUGGACCUCCCGCCGCUCGCGACCCUCGUGCCUCCUCCCGGAUCCAACCCAACCAUCAAUGAAAUAGCCUGGGGGUAUUUUAGAAACAUCGGUGCCACCUCCGUUAGCGUCAGUGCAGAUGGAGCAGUCAUCACUGUCUUGAUCGUGUUUUAUAACAUAUCUGUGUUAGGCUUUGCUACCUCCAAGGACCAUCGGUGGAAUGUCCCGAGCUGGAGGCUCUCACCAAUUGGGAGGCUUAUAUCAUCCCAAGGCAAGCUAUACAUGAUGGAUAACCCCACAUUUGACACCGUUCUUCAUGGUGACACUCAGAUUUUCCAGAUCAGCCCACCUGAGCACGAGGGGAUGGCAUCAGGUUCGUCUCCGAUGCCAUCAAAGAAGUUGAUUGCCACAUGCCCGGCCGGCAAAAUGCCCACCCCUCAGUACCUGGCACAAUGUGACUCGGAGAUCCUGGUGAUCGGGUAUAGGGACGGAUUCUUCAUGCACCCCUUGGUUUACAGACUCUCCGACCUUAUCCUUGACAGGAUCGUCCCGGUAACUAGUAUCGAAGGCAAUGUUCUGUUCAUUGCUGAAAGGAUUCUAAGUGUGAGCCGUAGUGCCUUACCGAACCUUGCUGGUGACUCCAUUGUAAUCGUUCAUCCCCGCGAAGUAUAUUUGGCGGAAUGCCGCCUCAAUACUGACACAUGGUUACAGGCAGCGGAUGGACGUAUCGCAAGAUGUGAUUUAUCGAGGCCUUACAGCCUCAUUUAUCAUAUCUUCUCUUGUUGCCACCGUGCUUCUUGGAACAAAGGCACAAUUCUGUAUCAGUAUAAGAAUAAUAACAAUUGGAAGGUGAAGAGAAAGUGGCGCCAGGGGGCAUAAAUGAUUCCACACCACAAUGGUAGUCGCUGCCUCACUGACUUUCCUCUCCAUUGUUACCAUCACGGAAAGGAGAUGAGUCUUAUUUGUUGACAUGGUACAACCUCUUCUAGAUUGCUCGUCGCACCAGGCUAUAUAUGGACAAAACAUGGACACCACCAACUCGUGGAAGCGACACCCAUUGGACUCACCCCGAGAUUCUCGUGUUAAAACUUAAAACUACUAACAAAGUGUUCCGUUACCAUUUUAUUGAUCAUAAAGUAUAAAAUCAUUGAUGUUGAUGGCUAGAUAACAAUUAUUACAAAUAUAAAGUACUCAAUUAUAGCAUUACAGUAUUCCCCGGCCUGGAAGAUGGGUCUUGAGUCUGGAGUGCGUUGAGUAGUGCUUAUGCAAAACCUGGAUUAUGUUGCUAUGUUUUAGUUUGAGUGUGUUGGUUGUUGAUGUUUUCCUAGUCUGAUGAUCAGUAGGGGUUUGGUGAGGGUGUCAGGCUUUUGUUCCUUGGUAAAAUUGUUUCCUGUUAGUGGUGGUAGCGUUUUUGUUGUAAUGAUUACUUAGUUUCUUCCUUUUGAUCAAAAAAUGCAUUCCACAGUAUUGUUUGGCAAAAUAAUAGAACCUAGGUUCCGGUGUACCCAAUUUUGAAACCUUUAGCAAGGACAUAUUUACAUGUUUAAAAAAGUCACGUACAUAUAUCUUGAGUAAAAACGUACUAAUGUCAUUUUUUUGUAAAGUUAUGACCAUUUGUGCCUUGGAUAAAAAUGACAUAACAAUAAUGCUACUUACCAUUCGAUGGAUUUUCAUUUUUCAUUUUUUUCGAGGGAAAACCUCACCCUUUUAUAAUCGAGUUUAACAAGAUUUGCGGAUU